AUGGCGUCCGUACAAUCUCAGCGCAAGAAGAAGGGUCGCCUUAACAGUACUUACAAGUCGUUGGGCGGCCCCAGCAACCCAUCCCCUACCCCAGAAGUUGAGAAGAAGGCCGAGAAAGAAGAUCGAACACUGUCUCGCAACAUUGACGAGGUAGUCUUCGCUGACCACUCCUUCAAGACAUGGUAUCCCUCAUGGUAUCCCAAAGAGAUCCUCGGAGAGAAGGCAUUGGCAUUGGCAGAGGAAGGAAAGGGCACAGGUAUUGUGGUGAAGACCCUCUACAUCUGCAGAAAGUGCUUCAAGUACUCGAUGGAUGGAGUUGAGUGGAAGACACACCAAGACCUCUGCGAGAAGAACAAUGAUCCGCCGGGACAAGAGAUCUACGUGAAGAACAGAGGCAAGGGAGAGGAAGCUGGCGAGGGACGAUGGACUGUAUGGGAAGUUGAUGGUGCAGUUGACAAGCUCUUCUGCCAGAACCUCUCUCUCUUCGCGAAGCUCUUCCUUGACAAUAAGUCUGUCUUCUUCGAUGUUGAAGCCUUUAAGUACUUCCUAUACGUCCACACCAAUCUCGAAAGCGGCGACAAGCAAAUCAUUGGCUUCUUCUCCAAGGAAAAGAUGUCCUGGGACAACAACAACCUGGCCUGUAUCCUCAUCUUCCCUCCAUGGCAAAAGAAGGGUCUCGGUUCAAACCUCAUCGGUAUCUCCUACUCUAUUGCUCGACGAGAACGCAUCAUGGGCGGACCAGAGAAGCCAAUCAGUGACUUGGGCAGAAAAAGCUACAAGCGUUACUGGGGUGCUGUGAUCGGAAGAUGGUUGUUGAACAACUUCGAGGAAGAGAACAAGAAUUACAGCAAGAAGAAGGGCAUGCCGACCAUCAAUGUAUCUAUCAUCUCGAAAGAGACGUGGAUUCAUGCGGACGACGUGCAGUACAUGUUGAGGGAGAUGAAUUUCGUCAAGUUGAUUGGGAAGGGUCCAGCCUGCGAAAUGGAUAUAAAUGGAGUCGAGGAGUGGCUUGCGAAAAACAAGGUCUCUAUUGCUCAAGUGGUUGAUGAGGAUGGAUUCUUGCCUGGAUAUGCAGAGAAGAAGACCAGUGAAGAGCGAGAGCCGAAUUGA